AUGUUUAAAAGCUACUCUUCCUUUGAACCAGUGAUCAAGGACAGUUUUCGUAAGGUCCUUUUGGGCCAUACAGGAAAAGUUAAUGUCGUGGCCAUAUCUCCGUCUGGGAUGCUUCUGAUAUCCGGUUCAUCGGACAAGACGAUACGAAUAUGGGAUGUUGAAUCUAGCACAGAGCGUUAUAUCAUUCAAGUGCCUGGUCCCGUGUCAGCGAUCUGUUUCUCUCCAUCCGGUGAAUUUUUAGCGCUUAGUUAUGGGGAAGGCGUUGAAAUCUGGUUCACUGGAGACGCUUUGCAUGAAGUUCAUUGCUGUCAACAGCUUAUUGCAGAUAGCAAUGAGUUAGUUAAGGAGGAUUUCGUUACUACGAUUGCCUUUUCGCCGGAUGGACUACGGCUAGCGGCUGGCUCAGACAAGUUCGUGUGGAUAUGGGAUCUAGACAUAAGCGAGAUAACGCAUAUUCUUGAACAUGAUGACGAGGUUGCUUCUGUAGCAUUUUCGCCUGAUGGUCAAUAUAUUGCAUCAAGCUCAGUUGAUCGGACUGUUCAAAUAUGGAAUGCUACAACAGGUCAGCCACAAUACCAAUUUGAGGGUCACCGUGAUUGGGUGCGAUCACUCUCCUUUUCCCCUAAUAGUCAGCAUAUAGCAUCUGCAUCAGACGAUGGCACUAUACAGGUUUGGAAUAUCCAUAAUGGACACAUACUGCAAAAAUUUCGUCAUUCCGAUUGGUACACGUCAGUUGCUUUCUCCUCCUGCGGAACACAGUUGAUAUCGGGCUCUGCUGACGCGAAGGUUCGAUUGCAUGAUACAAUCACUAGGUGGGAGAAGACCUUCUAUGGGCAUACUGACCAGGUCAACACGGUGGUGUUCGCUCCAAAUAAUAAAUUUAUAGCAUCAGGUGGAGACGAUGGCUUAAUUAGAAUUUGGGAUAUCACGGAAGAUCAUUUUAUGCAGCCCAUGGCAGAGCACCCUGAGCGCAUAUUGACAAGUGGGAUGCGAUCAUGUUCCAAGAGUGACCAGCCUGAGAAUGCACAGAUUCUGUACACCAGUCUAGUCAAGGGUCUCGUUGGGCUCGGCUUUGAGCUAAAAUUCUUUGAUAAAAAAUUUUUGAACUAUGGUAGAGUCUCGCCAAGACUUGGUUUGGUGUAG